GAGCCAUUCCCGUCCGUGGCUUAGUGUUAGCCAAGCCUCCUCGUGCGGUGGUUGUGUGUGCUCUGCGCUCCCGAGAAGUGGAAUAAGUUUUGUGACUAUUACUGCCUUUUUUCCCCGAUUCCUUUGCGUCUUCUAAACCGGUCGGAGCAAAGACGGGAGAUCCUUACAGAAUCAGUUGAGGGCCGGUCGUGAGUGAAUUCGUAUACUGAGCUUGAUAUUCUUGAGGUGGUUUUAACCCGGUGGAAAAUGACAGUAUAGUAUUUAACUGCGUCUGGAUUAUAUCUUACCCCUGCACCGCCUAAGACAGCCCUGAGGAAACUCCGGUAACUUUCGGCGGGAUGACCACCCCCGAGGGGAAGGAGGGCGCGGGCCCCAACGGGCAGCCGCCGCAGUCGUGGGUGCAGUUCGAGGAGGAGGACGGGAACCAGCAGGCGCCGCCGUCCAGGGGCGACAGCACGCCCGCCGUCAUCGACGCGCAGGCCGUCCAGGUGAGCCUGGAGAACCACAACACAGACAAAAAUGUGUCAAGAACAGUCUCAGAACCAGUUAAUGGAGUGCGUAAAACUUCAGUUACUUCACCAACAACGCCCUCCAGUAUCACCUCAGAUACACGAGUUACAAUGUCACAACUCAGCCCAGCACAACUCCAUAAUGUCCCUCUACAUGACCCUUCAGCACGGCCACCUGCCAAUGCUCAGCCUGUGAUUAGACAAGGAUUCUCAAAUGGGGAUGUAAUUGUAACGUUAUUACCCCAGAACACUUCAUUGCCAUGGGUUACUCCAGCACAGUUCAGGCCAGAACUUGUUCCUGAAGAGCUGAUGGCUCAAGGCCUCACACUUACAGUUGAAGACUAUGUUCACAUAAUGUCUCAGCUGGUCAAUGACUACCGUUUCACCUUGUAUAAUGUGUGCUACAAGCGUAUCCUCAUGGCCUGGAUCAUCUUGGGUUUUGUUAUCCUUUUGGGUAUCCUCUUCUCAGGCCUGACUCAAUUAAAAUUAUUUGGUGCUGGAAUUGGCUGGCUGAUGGUUAACGCAGCUGCGAUAUUUUUCUGUAUGUGGGUGAAGAUCCAGCUGAACAAAUCAUUAGAACGUUGCAUUGCUGGAAUCAACCUCCAGCUUCUGAGACAUAAGAUUCUAUUAGGUCUGGAUGACCGAGGGAAACUCUCUUGUCACAAGGUCAAUCUCUGCUUCAUCUAUUUUGAUACUCAUGAUUGUGUGGCCAAGUUGCAAGAGAUUAUUGAGCAAGAGGAGCGAGCUGGACGCACUGUGAAUAGCGAGGAGGCCAAAAUGUCCCCUCUUCACCAGCGCAUGGAUAUUGAUGACUCUGACAUUAUCAUCACAGGAGCAACUAACACCCGCAUCUCAAGGCAACAAGACAGAGCACGUAUUCUACUAGCGCGAUAUAGUCAACGUUGGGUGAAGGGAGUAGCUCGAGGGUCUCUGUCAAUAUCAACUGAUGCAAGUGACUCCACUAGUCCUCCUUCAUUACCUCCUCGCCACAGUUCCUCAAAACAGUGCCUGUGCCAGUAUAUUGAAGACCACCUCCACUACAAGCCACAAGGUUGCUUUGCUCUGUGUGAUAUGUGGCAGCAGGGGAGCAGUAGCGCUCUCCAGACUGGACCUCAAACGGGAACUAACCUUGCCUGAAGAGGCCAGAAGUUUUGUCAGCAGUUGUGAAUAUCUUCUACUUUCAUUAUUGGUGAAAGAAAGCUCUUAACUGGUUCUUGCACAGUAUGAAGAUUAUAAUUUUUUUAUGUUCAUUCACUACCCUUACUUUGAAUAUUACUAAUUGUUUGGAUUGCUACAUACAAAUUGUUAUUAUUAUUGGUAAUGAUUGUAAUCUGUUAUGCUGUGUGGGAAUUAGUCCUUCUGUCUUAUUUUCUAUUUUUCUGAGUAUAAGUUGCACUUUAAUUUCAUUGCACUGCACCUGAAAUGUGUGAUGAUAUAUUAUCUUGCCUGGCUUGUUUUCACUCUUAUUGUCCUGUUACCAUAUUUGGAAUAUUGUAAUUUAUUUGUGAUAUCCUGAUUAAGAAUAUAUAAUUUUAAAGAUUUUCUUGUUUAUAUAUAAUUUGUUAUACCUGUAAUUCCAAUAUCAUAAGAUUAAUAUAUUAAUUGUUUUGAUGUAUUUUAAUGAUUACCAAGUCAACUUUAAAACAUAUUUGCAUAUGAUGACAGGUCCAGUGAUGUAAGUUGUCUCGUUAAUAUUAUCGUGUGUGCAUGUUGUAUCUUGCAGGGGAAUGUCUGUGGUGUGUGCAGUUGGCUGACGUCAUGCCAUCAUAUAAUGCUGCUUGAUAUAUAUAUAACAGAAAUUAUAGUAAAAAUAAGAGGUGUGUCAAGUAUUAUUUUAAUUAUUAUUAUUAUUAUUAUUAUUAUUAUUAUUAUUAUUAUUAUCAUCACUAUCAAUAACAAAUAUUGUAUAAUGACCAUACUGAAUAUCUAUCAUGUGAGGAGAAUACAGGGGUAAAAAUUGGUUUUCUAAUAAAAAAGAAGGGGGGUGAUAACAAUUUUUUAUUGAAGAGUGAAGAGAGAAAAAAUAAUUACAUUUAUAUUGCAUUUUGAUAAAUUUACAUAUUAAAAGUAUAUAAAAAAACUGCCAAGGAGAAACAUGAAAUUUUAUACAUAGCUUAGUUUGGUGCCCUGUAUUAUGUCAAGAACUAAUAAACAAGUUGAAA